UCACCUGAUUAUCGCGGACCAUCCUGUGUUCUAUACGCGGAAGCUAACUUAGCUGCUAUGAUAGUAUGAAAUUUCAUUAUUCGUGUGUUAAUGCUUCCGAAUGAAAGCAUGUCUUGUGAUCUUUUGUUCCCAAUUAAGACUUAGCCGGAGAAAGGAAAUACGUUUCUGAGGCUUUAGCGGGUAUAUUUGUGAUAGCUAGCUAACUGCUAGCAGUCUUUGUUUCCCAGCCCAUGUCGCUUUAGGAUUGGCUCCUCUCCUGUAUUUUUAAUUCAUUCAAUAAGUUCCCUAAGGCACAUUUAACCAUGGCUUCAAUUCUCGACGAGUAUGAGGACUCUCAAAACAUCAGGCAAAGUGCGCAACAGCACAGCCGCCUGUCAACCACCAACAUCGGGAUAACCCAUUCAGGCUUCGUCAAUGUGAGACUCGAAGAAGAGAAGCCGAUAUUCAACAAGCAGAGGAUUGAUUUUACCCCGCCUGAGAAGAUAAACCAUCUGGCUGUCUGCAACAAUCAGCUGUGCAUGAGUCUGGGAAAGGACACCCUGCUGAGGAUUGACUUGGCAAAACCAGAUCAACCCAACCAGACUGAAUUAGGAAGGAAAGAUGACAGUAAAGUCCACAGACUGUUCUUGGACCCAACGGGCUCCCAUCUGCUGAUCAGCUUGAGCACCAGUGAGUGUCUGUACCUCAACAGGAACACCCAGAAGGUGCGCAGUUUGUCCCGCUGGAAAGGCCACCUCAUCGAGAGUGUGGGCUGGAACAAGCUGCUUGGCAGUGAGACCAGCACAGGACCUAUCCUGGUUGGCACUAGUCAAGGCAUCAUCUUUGAAGCAGAGAUCUCUGCAAAUGAGGGCAGCUUGUUUAACACCAAUCCAGAUCAAUACUUCAGACAGGUCCACUCCCUGGAGGAGGAUGGCAAACCUGCUCCGGUCUGUUGUUUGGAGGUCGAGCGGGGCCUGGAGAACAAGUAUUUCAUCAUAGCUACCACCCGCAAACGUUUGUUCCAGUUUGUGGGUAAGGUAGCCGAGGGGUCGGAGCAGCAAGGCUUCAGCUCCAUCUUCAACCAAAAUCAGGACCUGCUGCCCAGUUUCCAGGAGUUCCCAGCCAAUAUGGGAUACAGCGAGAUCACCUUCUACACCCCCAAGCUGCGGACGUCCCCCAAGGCGUUCGCCUGGAUGAUGGGUAAUGGAGUUCUUUAUGGUCAGCUGGAUUACGUAAGGCCUGACUCCCUGCUGAGUGAUGUGCAGGUAUGGGAAUACACUCCGGACAUUGACCUUAAUCUCAACAAGCCAAUCUCCAUCGUGCUGACACAGUUCCACUUCCUGCUCCUGCUUCAUGACCGCGUUAAGGCCAUCUGCACUCUGAAUGGACAGGUGGUUCAUGAGGAUGUGUUCCCAGAUAAAUUUGGUGUCCUCAAGAAGAUGAUCAAAGACCCACUUGGCGGGUUGGUGUGGAUCUACACCGAGCGGGCAGUAUUUCGAUAUCACAUCCAGCGGGAGGCCAGGGACGUCUGGCAGAUGUACAUGAGCAUGAAUAAAUUUGACCUGGCCAAGGAGUACUGCCGCGAUCAGCCUGAGUGCAUGGACAUGGUGCUGGCCAAGGAGGCUGAACACUGCUUCCAGAAUAAACGCUAUCUGGAAAGCGCCAUGUGCUAUGCGCAAACACAGAACUAUUUUGAAGAGAUAGCGCUCAAGUUCAUCGAGGCCAAACAAGAGGAGGCCUUAAAGGAGUUCUUACUGAAGAAGCUAAACAAUCUCAAACCCAGCGAGAGAACGCAGAUCACCUUGUUGGUCACCUGGUUAUCUGAGCUCUAUUUGAACCGCCUUGGCCAGCUGGAGAGCGAUGGCAACAGCAUCAUCUUCAAAGAAACCCGCGAUGAGUUCCGUCAGUUCCUGAGCAGCUCCAAGCACAGGGAUUGCCUGUACAACAACCGCACCACCAUCUACGACCUGCUGGCCAGCCACGGCAAUGUCGACGACAUGGUUUACUUCUCAGUCGUCAUGCAGGACUACGAGAGAGUGAUAUCCCACUACUGCCAGCACGACGAGUACAGCGCUGCUCUGGAGGUGCUCUCCAAGCACUGUGAUGAAAAGCUUUUUUACAAGUUCUCCCCGGUGCUCAUGCAGCACAUUCCCAAAAAUGUGGUAGACGCGUGGAUACAGAUGGGCAAGAGGCUGGACCCAAAGAAGCUCAUCCCAGCUCUGAUGAACUACAGCCAAAUGGGCAGCACACAGCAGAUCAAUGAAACCAUCCGCUACAUGGAGUUCUGUGUGUAUGAGCUGAUGGUGACAGAAGAGGCCAUCCAUAACUACUUGCUGUCGCUUUAUGCAAAGUAUAAGCCGGACUCUCUGCUGUGGUACCUGGAGCAGGCAGGCACACACGCCUCGGAGAUCCACUACGACCUCAAGUAUGCUCUCAGGCUGUGUGCAGAGCAUGGUUACAGACAGGCCUGUGUGCUGGUUUAUAGGAUUAUGGAACUUUAUGAGGAGGCAGUGGAUCUUGCUUUAGAGGUAGAUGUAGAUUUAGCUAAGUCAUGUGCUGACCUCCCUGAGGAUGAUGAGGAGUUGAGGAAAAAGCUUUGGCUGAAGAUCGCCAAGCAUGUGGUGCAGAAGGAGGAAGAUGUGAAGAAAGCCAUGAACUGUCUGUCCAGCUGCAACCUGCUCAAAAUUGAAGACAUCCUACCUUUCUUUCCAGACUUCGUCACCAUUGACCACUUUAAGGAGGCCAUCUGUCUUUCCCUGGAGGAGUACAACCAGCACAUUGAAGAGCUGAAGCAGGAAAUGGAAGAGGCCACAGAGAGUGCUAAACGCAUUAGAGAAGAUAUCCAGGAAAUGAGGAACAAGUAUGGUGUGGUGGAUUCCCAAGAAAAGUGUGCUGCUUGUGACUUCCCGUUGCUCAACAGGCCCUUCUAUCUGUUCCUGUGUGGGCACAUGUUUCACUACGACUGCCUGUUGCAGGAGGUGACUCCUCACUUGUCGACCUUCAAGCAGAAUCGUCUGGAGGAUCUGCAGAAAAAGUUGGCUGCUACCACGCAAUCCUCCAAAUCACGCCACCGUCCACCGCCAAAGGAUGAGGGCGACACUUCCAGCCUGGGCAAGGCCACUGCAGGCACAAGCCGUGAGCAAAUAAAAUCAGACAUUGAUGACAUCAUUGCAUCCGAGUGCGUAUACUGUGGCGAACUGAUGAUCAAAUCCAUCGACAAGCCUUUCAUCGAUCCGCAGAAAUUCGAGGAGGAGAAAUCCAGCUGGCUGUGAAUAGACUUUUCUUCUAUAAGUGUUAAAAAGAUAUGCCAAACUCAAUAUCUGUCAGAAAAAGUGGAUCAUCCCUAGGGCAGGUGCAUUAGGUAGAGACUCACCUGAUAUCCUGUUGAUAGUGCCUACUGCUGAAAACUCAGCCAGCUUCAUAUCUGUACAGACUACAGUAAUUUUGUCGUCAGUAUUUGAAGCUGAACAUUUGCACUGGGAGUAUGUAGUGAAGAAUGGACAUAAAUCAACCUGAUCUGAUGUUUGUGCUAGACCUGCACACUGCAUACAUGUGCCUAAACCUGUGAUUAUAUAAGGAGAAAGCUGCAAUACACCCAUUUUAUCUAUUAACUGCAUUAUGUUAUGCAUUUGUUUGGUUCAGUGAAGACACAAAACGCACUAACAAAAUAUCUGUCUCUUAAGCUUGGUUCAUUAUCUCCAAUUAAUGCAUCUGUGUUCAUCUAACAGUUAUAUAACAUAUAGGCUGUUUUGCAGUUUAUCUGUGGCAUGGUACAGCUUGUCACUUUUUGACAGAAUGAUUUUUCUUUUCUCCCUGUUGGCUUAAAUGUAAUAAAUAUUUAACAAAUCAUUUCAUGCUUACUGUGAAAAAUGGAAAAGGCUUGCACUUCAUCACGGUUUCUCCAGACACAGUUGAGUACUAGCAGCCCAAUAAGCUGGAGGAUGACGUGGGAAAGAGCAGCAUGAGUGAAAAAGAUGCAACUGCAGUUUAACAAGAAGGUCUGAGUUCAAGUCACUGCAAAUGCUGCUGAGAUCCCUACCAGUUUUUUGUUUUUUAAGUGGCAUUUGUCAUGAACAAGAUUUGAGAGGCUGACAACUGGUACUACAAUCCAAACGCAAGUAAUGGGAAGACAAUUUGCUUACAGUCGUGGACUUGCCAGGUUCAAUAAACAUACAGGAAAAUU